UCUACCAACAGAUCACCCUACUGUUUGGACUAUAGCUAAAAUGUGGUAUAACAAUGCAGAUGCUGCCUACCAUCAAUCACUAACACAUCUUGGUUCUACACAUCUUAAUAUGGAAGGAAUGUCGAUUUCAACUCAUAGGAAGUUAUCCGUGUCACAUCCUCUCUUCAAAUUAUUGGGGCCCCAUUUUUUAUAUUUAUUAUCGAUCAACAACUUAGCUUAUACAACACUUCUACCGCCAGGAGGAUGGGUCGAUACAUCGAUGACAACCGGUGCCAAAGGAAUGAUUGAACUUGUCGGAAAGGGAAUGAGUGAGUGGCGAAUGGAUGUAGACGGUACUCUUCCCGAAGAUUUGAAAAACAGAAGGGUUGAUGACGUGUCCGCUUUACCUAAUUAUCACUAUAGAGACGACGCUUUACUGUUAUACGAAGCCAUUAAAAACUACGUUACUAAAUAUGUUAACCUUUAUUACAAGAGCCCAAAGGACAUCGCUGGUGAUUGGGAAUUAAGAAGUUGGGCGAAGGAACUGAGCUUAAGAAAGGAAAAGGGUGGGGUUGGAGUUCUGGGAAUACCAAAUGGUGGCGAUCUGAAAUGUAACGAAGAUAUCGUACUGGUUGCCACGUGCAUUAUAUAUACCUGUAGUGUUACCCAUGCUGCCGCCAACUUUCUACAGUACGAACAAUACGCAUUUCCGGCUAAUUACCCGAGUUUGAUGGCAGGUAGUCCACCUACAACCAAGGAUGCCAAAAUGGCAAUAAUAGACUAUUUACCAGGUAAAGCUGAAACUUUGGAUAUCAUGGUCAUGACAAAUAUUUUAAGCCUAAGAGCCGCAAAUGGUCUUGGUAACUUUGAAGUUCAGUAUGUUUAUGAUCCUGAAGCAGUGGACAUAGUCAAUGAAUUUCGUGCUAAAUUAAAGGAAAUAAGUAAAACCAUCCAAAGCAGAAAUAAAUCGAGAAAGCAUCCUUAUGAUAUUCUUGAUCCAAAAUUAAUUCCGAAUUCUAUUAGUAUUUAAAACUACUAUAUCCAUUAAAACUUAUGCUCUAACUGUAUCGCUAUAUUAAAGAUGCAUUAUGUUAGAGCUAGAUCUGCUUAUUGCAGGUCCCUGUUAAAUGGAUUAGAACACUCACGAGGUUUAAAAAAAUUAACGAUAAUUUGGAUAAACGAAACUAUGAAAAUAAACAAUCUAAGCUACUACU